UACUUGAUAAGUACUUUAAUUUUUUUAAAAUAAUGCUUUAAAACAUAUUUUUUUACAUUUUUCGGGUGUAUAUUAAUGACGAUUUUAUAAGAAAAUGCAAAAAUUCUCCAUAGUUACAGGUUUAAUAAUUUUUGUGCAUUGAAAAUAAAAUAGUCAUAUUUGGUAUCAAUUUGUUCAGCGUCCAAAGGUCUUUUAAGAUUUGGCAUCACUUCCUAAUCUUUUAUUAGCACAUUUUCGCUAUAUUUAGAAACUUACGUACUCUUUUUGAUUAGUUUUGGUGUAAAUAUAGACCCGCUUAUAAAUGCUGCGUUCUGAUUGGUCUAUCCCAGGAUAGCCCUAGCGACCUUGUGUACGUCAGGUUAUCGAGAAUAAAUGGCUGAACUGCCUACAUACAGCGUGUUGAAAUUAUCGUAUGUGAAAAACUAACAUUUACUUUCUAAACAGUUUUAGUAUCUUAAAAUAAACGUUUUAUAUGUUCUGUGCUUGCUUUUCUUACAUCUUCUUUACUGCUCUAGACAUUCUAGAUUCUAGCUCUAGUGCUAGCCAUGGGAAGAUUAAAAAAAAGAAGUAAACAACUUCUAGAGGCUCGCAAGAUUGCCAAGAUGAAGAACACUGUUCGAAAAGAUCAUGAACUAGAUCUAGACAAAGUAACACCAGCUCCUUCAACUCCAACUAACUCGUCAGUGUUGUUGUCUAUGCAAACAAGUUCCAAAAAAAAAACUGUUGAUAUUCCUGCUAUGGACAUUGGAAGCUCUAGCUCUCUAUUUAAUGAUCAGUCAGCUAAACAAGCAUAUAGAACAAUCAUUGACAUUAGUCAAAUUGAAAAAUUGCUUUCACCUCUUCUGUGUCCUUAUUGUAAUGCUGAUGGUCUAACUUUGCAUUCAGAUGACAACAGUCGUUUCGGACUUGUAUUAAAACUGAAACUUUACUGCGAUAAUUGUGGCACUGUGGUGAAUGAUGUUUUUACAUCUGAACGCUCACUCAAUGAUAAAAAUUUUUCCAUCAACACAUCUGCCGUUGUUGCCUCCUCAUUGUGUGGACUAGGACCAUUAACGUUCAACAAUUUUUGUGAACAUUUAGACCUACCGGGUCUAUCAGCCAAAAAUUUCUACAACAGGACAAAGUCUAUUUAUAAGGAUGCUGAAGAUGUUCGUCAGGCUUUGCGUAGUAAAACUAUUCGACUUGUAAGAAAGGAACAUGCAAAAAAUAGCAAUUCAGCUCUAAGUGAUGAUGACAUUUUGGACAUUGCCGUUUCAUUUGAUGGUACUUGGAUGACCAGAGGACACAAAUCAAUGAUAGGUGUUAGCUGUGUCAUAGAUGUAUUGACAGGCUAUGUCAUUGAUUUUGAAGUACUAUCUAGCUUUUGCCAAACUUGUAGCACAACUGGUACUAGACUAAAAGCACAAUCUCCUGCACUCUACAAAGAAUGGUUUGAAUCUCACAAACCUGAUUGUGAUAUCAACUAUACAGGAUCGUCUGGAAUGAUGGAAACACAUGCGGCCGAGAUCUUGUGGAGGAGAUCCAUUGUGAAGUUCAAAUUGCGCUACACCACUAUGUUGUCAGAUGGUGAUUCUAAAGCCUUUAAUAAAGUCUGUGAAAUAAAACCCUAUGGAGAUGUACCUAUAACAAAAGAAGAGUGUGUCAACCAUGUGGGGAAAAGGAUGGGCACUGCACUCCGUAAUUUGGUUACAGAUUGUAGCAAGAAAGGAAUUUCACUUGGAGGUAAUGGUGUAGGAAAACUUACACAACAAACAAUCAAAAAACUGUCCAAGUAUUACACCAGAGCGAUACGGAAACACAAUGAUGCUAAGCAAAUGAGAAAUGCUAUACUUGCGAGCAUGUAUCACAAUUUUUCGACUGAUAAGAGGCCGAUGCAUCAUCUGUGUCCUUCAGGUGCAGAUUCUUGGUGUUUUUAUAAGUCUUGUGAGGCAAAAAAUGUAAAGCCUGGUAAACACAGUCUCCAUAUACAUACGCCUCUCAAUUAUGACUUACUAGCAGAACAUCUGAAACCUAUAUACAAAAGAUUGUCAGAGCCUCAACUUCUACAACGAUGUUUGCUUGGCUCAACUCAAAAUGCGAAUGAGUCUUUUCAUUCAUGUAUUUGGAAUAUUUGCAGCAAAUCAAGAUUUUCUUCACUAAAAAAAGUUAACUUUUCUGUUUUAGCUGCAGUAGGACAAUUCAAUUUUGGCUUUUCUUUUGGUAGUGAAAUAAAAAGUUUUUUCAACUGCCAGGUAAGCAAAAGCAGCCAGCGACUUGGAUUAUUGAGACUUAAGAAACGCUUGAAAAAUGCAGCUUAUAAAAAACAACAAGUUGUAAAAAGAAGACUGUUAUUAAGAAAGGAGGCUAAGGCACGUAAAGAAUUGCAGUUUAUUGAAGCUGAAGGAGUUUCAUAUUCAUCUGGACAUUUUUAAAUUUUUUAUGUAAGUUCUCAAUUUUUGCUUUUUUUUCUCAUUUCUGUUUUUUCUUAAUUAGUCUUCUUAAAAGUCUUAUAAUUUAAGAACUAGUUGGUUUAAUGAUGUGAAAUUUUGAAUAACACUAGUUUACAUGCUGUUCUUUAACUUACAAGUGUUAUAUAUUCAAAUAUAGUUAGUUAACUUAGUUUUACAAAUAUCAUUUUAUUUAAAAUCAGUUUUUCUCAAAAUGGCCGUUUUCCAAAAAUGCAUUCACUAAAAUUUAUAAAUCUUUAGAACCAUUAAAGAUAUUUACAUGAAAUUUGAAACACUUAUAGAUCUAUUGUAAUACUUUCAUGUGACAUCUUGAUUUUUUAAAUAUAUUGUUUGGUUUUCAUUUUCUAUUGACAUGAAUGUAAAAAAUAUAUAUUUUUCUUUAAAAAAAUGAAUGAUCAACUUUACUCUUAUAUGUUAAAAACAAAUAUUAAAUUAUAAUAAAUUUUGAGAUGUCA